AUGAGAUCAAAAAUUCUGGAGUAUCUGUUCACAAGUGCCCACAAGGACUGCCCCAUGCCCCAGGGCACGGGUCCUCUGAACCCAGACUUGCCCUGCAGCCAUCCCCCUGCUGUCGCUCCAGACCAUGUCACUGGGGUGGUGCAGAGCAUCAAGGACCACAUCACGAAGCCCACGGCCAUGGCGCGUGGCCGCGUGGCUCACCUCAUCGAGUGGAAGGGCUGGCGUGCCCAGCGGUCAGGCUGGGAGCCAUCCCCGGCUGAGGAUGAGCAUUACUGUUGCCUGCCAGACGAGCUGCGGGAGGCCCGCUUUGCUGCAGGGGUCGCCGAACAGUUUGCCAUCACAGAGGCCACACUGAGCGCCUGGUCCUCGCUGGACAAUGAGGAGCUUCACCCCGAGAACAGCCCUCAGGACGUCGUCCAGCUACAGGACCUAGAGAACCUCUACCUUCAGGACAGUCUUCUGAGCGGCCCCUCCCAGGAUGACAGUCUUCUGGCCUUCUCUUCCCCUGGCCUCUCCCCCGAUGGCUGGCCCUCACCCGAUGAGCCCCCCAUCACAGCUGCCGACCCCCAGCCCCCCAGCCCUGAACAGCAGCAUCGGAGGCGGCUGCCUAGGGGCCCGGGGCCUGAGGGUGGGGCCCACCUGCAGGGCUCCCUCCCCUCGGUGGACAGCAUCUCCCUCUCGGAGGAGGAGGACGAGGUGUUCUACAACUGA